UCACGCGCACCUACAGUGUGAGAGGCGCACCCCGCUGCGUGUGUCAGCUGGCGAAGGUAAACAACAAACAGACGACUCAGAGAUGGCGGCUGUCAUUGCCAAGCCCAUCUUGUUCCUCGAGGAAAAUCAAUAUUCCAACUUUGAGUGGAUUGGUGAGAGUGAAGAUGGGUCACUACUGUGUCGCUGGGAGGAGGAGGUGCUGGUGCGGGGUCCUGUAGAUGGCUCAGCUGGAGAUGGAGGGCCUGAGGGGGCAACAAGCUCCCUUGCCUUUGCUACACAGAUUGCCAUAUCUACUCCAGACCUCCACUCUGCCCAGGUCUUAUACACAUUUGAUAAGGUUGUACCUGUGGUCCAAGCCACAGUCAAUGCUUCCAGGACUCUGCUAGGUUUUGUGACUCGUCGCAGUGUGAACGAGGGUAAUAAAUAUGCAGCUUACGUGGCAGAAAUUUCACCCCAGGGAGGCGUUUUUUCACUGAACAUUGAUUGUUCCAGACAGAUACUCCUUGAAUUCCUCCACACAGAAGAAAGUGGAAAGCCACAAGACAGCUGGAUUGCCAAACUUCUUGUCUUUGUGCACAGAGAAUCCAUCGCCAUCUAUUCAUUUCCUCUGAGCCUGAAAGACGGACCAUCGUGGGUUGUUGAUGACCAGCCCCUCACAGAGUCAGUUGUGCGGUCAUUUGUGUGGGCUCAGUGGGAACCUCGACACAACCACCUCUAUUACCUACACUACCGCCCUCCCCCUGAAGCUGGUCUAACCCUUGGGUCAAGUGAAUCAGAGGAAGAUGCUCUGAGACCACGAGCAAUGUUGUCAGCUUUACAGUUUCAUCCUAACAAACCUCAUGAAACUGUGCUAAAUGUUCCACUGGAGCUGUCUGGGCUUGAACACUCCCCGCUGGACCUCAGUGGUGACUACCGGGACCAAGGGUUACUCCACACAGCAGGAGAUGCCUGGCUCGACCUACGUGUUGUGACCUCCUCCUCGGGUGCUGUCUGCAUCUGUCACCAUUACAUAUAUAAGUCAAGGCUGGCAGAGACCCCAGCUGACCCUGAGAGCUGUGCCGUGUAUCUGGCGUACUCAGUAACACUUCUCCAUCAUGGGUGUGUUCUUCAUUCUGUUGUCCCAGGUGUUCCUUGGGGACAUGCACACUCAGCCCUUCCCACUUACUCUCUCUUUGGUGAGCACUACCUGUUGGUCAUUGUGCCAGGAGUAUGUAUGCACAUGUUGGACAUUGGACUGAGCCACAUGCCCAACAACCAUAUUGUCACCACUCCUCCACCACAGCUGCUGCCUAAUGCUCAGCUCUUCCAGAUAUGUGGAGGCAAAGUCAUCUCAGGUCGCUGCAUAACAUUCGUGGACGGAAUAAACCAGAUGACGGUAGAAGUUCGUGUGACCAAGGAAUCUUUGUUCUCACUGUUCAAGAGUUCCUCCACCCUGAGCACACGCCUGGCCAUCCUACACCUGGCAGCCAUCCAUGAUAAAGACCAUGAUCUGUCACGAAAGCUGAUGUGGAGUGUGUGUGAAGACCCAUACAACCUGGACACUCCAGCACUGCUUCAGGAGUACCUGGUGGGGGAAACAUAUGCUGCUGUCCACAAGCAUAUUGACUCUGAUGCUGGACACCUCCUCUCCCUCCUGCCUAUCACCACUGCUCCCUUCACUACUGAUACUGAAUACAUUGAAUCCCCCGCUGAAGAAAAUGUACGCAUCUCCUACUGUCUGCUGGAAAAUGCGUGCAUAAUGUUGUUGUCCCCGCGGGAGCGUGUGGUGCGCUCCUUGUCAGACACGUGGACAAAGUUGUGGGAACACACCAGCAAGAGGCACCACCAGCGCUUCAGCCUCACAGAUGUAGUAGACAAGCUUAUGGUCUCACUUGAUACAUACAAGCCUGAAGCAUUGUCACAAGGCAGCACCCCAGUGUCUCCUGCCAGUCCACUGGUUGGGGGUUUGACCAUCACAUCCUUAGGGCUCACACUUGCACACCUCAUGUUUGACCCACUCCCCUUUAAUGAGGCUGAGAACACCACAUCAUCUAAGUUGGAACAUCUUCUCUCUGUUAACCUGCGGGAGUUAAGUAUGUACUGCCUAAAACACUUUCCCCAUGAGUCUCCGAUGAGGGUACACGCAGUUGCCAGCAAGUAUGUGUGCACACAGCUGCAGGUGUCUCGUCGCUUGUGCUCCAUCUUGUGUUCCUCUCAGACUCUUGUUCCAUCAGAGAAGAGUGAAAAGGGAUUUACGUUCGUAGAGCAGUUGGACGAUGCUGUUGCUACUCGUCUUUUUACAUUAUUGGAGCGAUACCAUUCAGCAACAGAAGCUGUGGCAUACCCACUUCCUCAAGGAUAUAAUUCUUUCUUUGCUUACUUGGCACAUCGCUGUCUGCCGCACAUUAUAUUUAUGCAAUAUGUACGGCGUGGGGUUCUGCAACUGAAUGUGGAUGUUUUAAGAGAAAUUAUAUAUGACCUGGAUGACACUCCUAAGAACGUGGAGAGAAAGUUAGAGAUAAUAUCGUCGGUGCCUGUCGUCAGGAGCCUCCGAGCUCUGCAGUUCUGGCAACACCCGAUGUCCCUGAUCCUGCGGUCAAGGCUACACGCCGGCUCCAUCCUGGCCGGGGAGGGACCAGGUCAACCUCGGACACCAACACAGUCUGCCAGGAUUAACGCUCAACACCUUCAGAAUAAAGGAUUAACUGCUUUUCCAACAACUGACCGACUCUCUCCCUUUGACACAUUUUUGGAUUUGUUGACUGCCAAGGCUAACUUGACAGACCUUGACCUGGGGCUGCUGUAUGAAGGCACUGUGGCUUCCUGUGAGUACAUCAAGCCAGAGAUUGAGGUUGAUGUAGCUAUAACAAGGAAUUGAGAUGUUCAUGUGUUCAUUGCAGUAUAACACCUUCCUUCAUGUCAUUCAUUGAACCAUGAAUUGAUUAUUUUCCAUUACAUUACAGUAAAUAUUAUUUGAAUUAUCUGUACUGAAUAUAUGAAGUAUUGCCUAUAAGAAGGAUGACCGGGCGAAACAAUAGUUUCAAGAAAAACUUGAUGAAAUGGUUUUUUUCUAUUCUUGUCCAUAAUUCACGCAAAUUUUUAUAAAAUGUAAGGUUUUGGGCCUCAUUUUGUAGUGUUUAAGUAAUACUUCAUGACUAUGCAUGAGAAAAAUGUAUAACAUUCCAAAAUAAUGCCUGACUGCUAAUGGUAAUAACUACCUGUCCUAUUAAGAAUUAAUAAAAUAUUUUGAGAUAAUUAUAUACUGUAUAGGGUGUAGCAUUUACUGUAUAUCUGACACAUUAUUAGUGAUAUAAAAAGUAAAUGAACAACGUAAAUGCUAUGUAAAGUACAGGGAUCCAAGAUUAUGCUGUGACAUAAUACAAUUUAUUUCUUAAAAAUUACAUCCAACAAAGGGGCCCCAACCUUAAGAAGCCCCAUUCUAACCUAACUUAACCUUUAUGGCUUGGCCCCAUUUUGACUGGGCUCAGAUUUAUACUUAUACAAUUAGAAUAGGGUAGGUUGAGGUCUCUCAGAAUUAGGACCCAGCUGGCCACUCUCCAUUGCUUUGCUGAAAGAAAUCGAUACAGAGUGGCCACAGGUAAAUCAUUUCACCAUUUCUUAACUUAUUUUUCAUUCUGUGUAUAGGUACUGAAAAGUGUAAUACAUUAAGUGGCAACCCUUUCAUAGUAUUAAAUGUAGUGUCAUUUGUUGUAUCCCUUUGAGUGCUCUCAUAAAAACUGUAUGUUUGUUUUUCUUUUACUCACCUUUAAACAGGUUUGUGUUCUUGUACAAUGCUCAGUGUCAAAUUGUAAUGUUUCUUAUAUGUAGGUCAUUAUAAACACUUAAAUGUUUCACCACAUGUUUUGUUGAUUACUGUAUAUAGGUUACAUAAAUUACUUUGUUUGAUGUUUAUCUGGAUUUCUUUAGCUUUCGUUUCUCUUGUGUUACGGAAGAAAUCCGCUUAAAGUCAACGAAUAUACCUGUAUCAGUGUUUUUUAUUAUGUUGCUGAUUCAUUUGGGACACGUAUUUUCCAGUUUCUUGUAAGCCAUAUUAUUCCCAGUGUUGUCAGUCCCUUUGUACAUUAUUAUUGCAGUGGUUACUUGAUGUCACAUAUUGUAUGUUAACUUCAUCAUUACUCCCAGAUAUAGUAACUCCAUUGAAGAUUAUUAUUGUAAUUAUUUUUACCUGUGCCAAUACAGUAGCUGCUAUACAUAUAUAUCCCGGCUUGGUCAUGUGAUAAGGAAGGAGUUAAACCUUUCAUGUGUGAGCAUAUACUACUACACAAUUGUAGUCUUUGUGCGUUAUUUUGCUUAUUAAGUGCAGGUAAUGUGCAGCACAAUUAUUUCUUGCAGUCAGAUUUUCCCUUUGGAUGCUCUUCUGAAUAUAAACGUCUUGCUGUUUUGGAAACCAUGCUAAGCUGCAAUAUGUUAUUAUAGAAAGAAAAAUACUCAGUAUAAAAAUAAAAACUAGAUGAGGAACAUGUUAAAUUGAGAUUUAAAGUGUGUUUGAUGACCAACAGAGUCUAUGAGCAGUGAUGCAGUAUGUAGAGAAACUUACAACACCCAGGAAGAGACUUAGACAUAAGAAUGAGACUAUCAGUGUAAUCAUUAUGCAGUACAGUGGUGUGUAGCAAAGGAAUUUCACAUGUAUUUAUAAAUAAUGAGUAUUUAAUAGGGAGGAUUUACAUUAAUUGAGUACUAGUAUACAGAACUUAGCUGCUUAUAGAAAGAAUCAGAGUCAGUAUAAAUGGGUGUUUUACCUGAAAAAAGAUAAUAAAGUAUAUACUGUACUGUAGUACUUUACCAUGUUACCAUUAGAGAAAGAAUUAUAGUUUGUGUUUGUUUCCAAUAGUCUACAGUUCAUUUAUGUUACAUUUGUUAUAAGUUUUAACAAAUAUAUUUUUCUACUUUUGUAUUUGUUUAUGGUAUUUAAUUUUUUUAUGGUAUAUACUGUAUAUUGUGUUCAGAUUUUUUUAAUUGAAAGAGAAUUUAUCAAUGUGCCAAAUGUAGCAUUUAUUUUAGUAUAUUGCAGGAUUUGUUUUUCUGGUCACUUGGGAAAAUACUAACCUAAAUUAAGCUUUAAAACAAUAUUAUACUAAAAUUGAACUCCUGAGAUGAUUCCUUAAUGUUUUAUUUUAUUUGAUGUUCCCAGUUUACUGUAUAAUAAUUUUUGGAAAUCUUGUAUAUCAGAGCUUGUCAAUAAAAUGAUGUUUCAUAAA